AUGGCAUCUACUGUAUGGCCCAGCAAGACUGCUGAAAGCGUGAAAUUGAUAAUACCCGAAGCCUAUGAUCCUUACAACGGAGAUGUUCUGAACAAAUGCUUUAUUCGAUAUAAUGCUGACAAAGGCUGCUUUUUGGUUGUCUCGGAAGGCGAUGAGAAGACUCUAGAUAUCAUCGAUUCACGAGAUAUUGUCGGCGCGUCCGUCGAAGUUGACAUAUUUGGAUCUGUUGAAACCAAUGAGCUUAGACGACUAGCCACCGCACAGUCCACGGACUCUUCAAACGGCAAUUCCCCCAACAAUCGAGAUGACAACGAGCCGGGCACAGAUGAAGUGAACGACACACAGGGAGCCGCCAUUUUGAAGAUUUUUGCCUACCCUCGUGUCCAUCCCUCGGAAGAAAGCAUAAUGUCGAGCUGUGCUACGAGUGCUCCAAAAAGAAAGCCAAAUACAGAAUACAGAACACAGUCUGAUAAGGGUAAACUGAGAUCCCGUCGGGCUCAUCAUCGGCAGUUCCAGGUAGCUCCCUCGGAAGACUUGUCCGGUCUUUCAACUCUUAUUGACGCCAUUCGAGCAAUAUGCAAACCUGGCUACAAUCCAAAAGACAAAUUGCUGGUUCUAGUCAAUCCGUACUCGGGAACCAAAAAGGGAACACAGAUUUUCAAUAAUACCGUAGCUCCCAUGUUUGUGGAAGCAGGAAUCGACUAUGACUAUUUGAUGACUACCAGCGCCAAUCAUGCAUUUGAACGUAUGAAAGAGCAAGGGGAAGACUCGAAAAUUCCAGACUUGUCCGAGUACGACGGUGUCGUUGCAGUUGGAGGUGAUGGUAUCAUCCACGAAAUGUUUCAGGGAAUCCGAACGAGGUCCGACUGCGACAAGAUCUUGAGUAAACUAAAGUUGGGCGUUGUAGGGUCUGGUACAUCCAAUGGGCUUGCCAAAACACUGGCUCAUGCUAGCAACGAGCUAGACAAUGCUGUUGACUAUGCUUUUCUGGUUGCUAAAGGAAAUUCAGAAAAGAUGGAUCUAUCGCUUUACGAGACGUCGUCGUCGAAAUACAUAUCAUUCCUUACUUUUUCAUGGUCCAUGAUUGCGGAUAUUGAUAUUGAAUCUGAAGCCAUUCGAUUCAUGGGGUUCUUACGAAUGGACAUUUGGGGUGUUUUGAGUGUAUUGAGAAUGCGGAGAUACCGAGCACGCUUGUCGUAUUUACCACCAUCUGACGAAAGCAAUACUAUAGUGACAAAAUGUCCUUCCAUCAACGAACCCAUUCCCUGUGAUGAAAAGUGGGUCUCAAGUGAAAGUGAUUUCCUCUUGCUUUGGGCGUCUCAAGUGACACAUGCAGCAGAGAAGACACACAACUCACCCAAUUGCAAGCUAAAUGAUGGUGUCUUUGAGAUUCUCGUUGUUCGUGAAAAUAUAUCCCGACUGAGAAUGGCAAUGAUAUUGUUGGGAUUGGAUAGUGGAGACCACGCGAAUAUGCCAGGUGUAGAAUUCAUCAGGUGUAGCGCCUAUCGGCUAGAACCAAUAACACCGGGAUCCUUUAAUGAUCUGGAUGGAGAGGUAAUUGAAGCUGGCCCAGUGCAAGCCCAUGUGAUGCCAGGAGCUGUCAAUGUAUUCUGUACGCCAAUAGAUAAAUAA